CUCAAAUCUUACUGCAUCCCACCCUCGUCUCCUACCAAGAUACCAGUUGCCUUUAGUACUGCCUCGGCCUUCGUCCUUCUCUCACAUCUUCAUCACUACAACAACCAACCAUCACCCUGGCGACCAGAACAGCAAUCAUGGAGGCCGCAUUCGCCACCCAGGCCAAGCUCAGGCAGGAGCUCGGCCUCAAGAAGGUCAUGGCCGUUCCCAACCAGAACUACAAGCGCCACGGCACCAAGUCCUACGUCUACCUGAUGAACAGGUUCGGCUUCAAGGCCACCAAGCCUGGUCCUUACCAGCACAGUACCACCUUCCACCACCGUGGGCUCGCUGGCUCGCACGUCGCCAGGGGCGGGCGCCUUCGCCGUGAGCACAAGCUUGUCAAGACCACCUCCAGUGGCGAGACAGGCGAGGUCACCGCUGAGGACCAGCAGAAUGACUCUGAGUACCUGUGUGAGGUCCAGAUUGGUACUCCUGCCCAGACCCUGAAGCUCGACUUCGACACUGGUUCUUCCGACCUCUGGGUCUUCUCUACCGAGCUGCCCUCCAAGGACCAGACGGGCCACAACAUCUUCGACCCCUCAAAGUCCUCCACCUGGCAGACCUCCGAGGGUCUCUCCUGGAAGAUUUCCUAUGGAGAUGGCAGCUCUGCUUCCGGUGAUGUCGGCACCGAUACCGUCAACAUUGGCGGCGUCACGAUCACCAACCAGUCUGUCGAACUCGCCAAGACUGCCGCUGCGCAGUUCAUCUCCGGCACGGGUGACGGUCUCCUCGGUCUCGCGUUUCCGUCCAUCAACACGAUUACCAAGAGCGGCCAGGCUGAUCCCCAGAACACCCCUGUUGCCAACAUGAUCUCUCAGGGCGACAUUCCGUCUGACGCCCAGCUGUUCACCUCGGCCUUCUAUUCUUCUCGUGAUCAGGCUGCCAACUCUUUCUACACCUUCGGCUACAUCGAUACCGAUCUGGUCGGCUCCAACACGAUCCACUACACCGAUAUCGACAACUCCGAGGGCUUCUGGAUGUUCGACUCUACGACAUACACCAUUGCGGGCACGCAGGGCACCCAGGCAUCCAACCAGGCCAUCUGCGAUACUGGUACCACUCUCUGCCUGCUGGCCGACGAGGUCGUCGAGGCCCUCUACGACGCCAUCCCGGGAAGCAAGUACGACGAGACCCAGCAGGGUUACCUCUUCCCCACCUCCGUCACAGCCGAUCAGCUUCCCGACUUCAGUGUCGCUGUCGGCGACCAGGAGUUUACCAUCCAGAAGGAGGACCUGGCCUUCACUGUCGCGUCUGAGGGAUACUGGUACGGUGGUGUGCAGUCCCGUGGCGACAACCCAUUUGACAUCCUGGGUGAUGUCUUCCUGAAGAGCGUCUAUGUCAUCUGGGACCAGGGCAACACCCGCCUGGGCCUGGUGCCCAAGAUCGAGAGCACCCAGAACCUGGACCCUACCACUAGCAGCACCUCGUAGGCGAUCCGUGGGAAGUCGCUCUCGAUUUGUCUGGGGUCAUGACCGGUGGCUUUUUCUGGACGUUUAUCGGCAGAUUAUGAACGUGAUUACGAUGAGUUGCUUUCUAGAGGGAUCAAUCUCAAUUUCACAGCAAGGGUUAUUUUUCUCUCCCACGAGACAUCCAAGUAGCAUGCCUACCUAAUAAAUUCCUCGUUAAUUUCUUACAAUGUUAAAAAGUCG